GCCCCGCGUCCGUGCCGGCCCCGGGGGUGGGUGGGCAGGGCCGGGGGCAGCUCCGCUGAGGCAGCAUGUUCACGUCCAAGUCCAACUCGGUGUCGCCCUCGCCGUCCCUGGAGCAGGCUGACUCGGACGCGCUGGACAUCAGCACCAAAGUGCAGCUCUACGGCGUGCUGUGGAAGCGGCCCUUCGGGAGGCCGUCGGCCAAGUGGUCCCGGCGGUUUUUCAUCAUCAAAGAGAGCUUUCUUCUUUACUACUCUGAGAGCGAAAAAAAGAGUUUUGAAACCAAUAAAUACUUCAAUAUACAUCCUAAGGGUGUCAUCCCUCUGGGGGGCUGCCUGGUGGAGGCCAAGGAAGAGCCCAGCAUGCCCUACGCCAUGAAAAUUUCCCACCAGGACUUCCACGGAAACAUCUUGCUGGCUGCCGAGUCAGAGUUUGAGCAGACCCAGUGGCUGGAGAUGCUGCAGGAGUCUGGGAAGGUGACUUGGAAGAACGCCCAGCUGGGAGAAGCCAUGAUCAAAAGCCUGGAGGCCCAGGGGCUGCAGUUGGCCAAGGAGAAGCAGGAGUACUUAGACAAACUGAUGGAAGAGACCGAAGAACUCUGCCUUCAGAGGGAGCAGAGAGAGGAGCUCGAGCGCCUUAACCAGGUGCUGGAGGCCGAGAAGCAGCAGUUCGAGGAGGUGGUGCAGGAGCUGAGAGUGGAGCAGGAGCAGAUCAAGAGGGAGCUGGAACUGACUGCGAGAUGUCUCAAGGGUGUGGAGCAAGAGAAAAAGGAGCUGAGGCGCCUCACAGAGUCCCUGCAGCAGACGCUGGAGGAACUCUCCAUAGAAAAGAAGAAAACCCUGGAAAUGCUGGAGGAGAAUGAGAACCAACUGCAGACACUGGCCAGUCAGAGUGAGCAGCCCCCUCCCAGCGGGGGUCUCCAUAGCAACCUAAGGCAGAUCGAGGAGAAGAUGCAGCAGCUCUUGGAGGAGAAGCUCCUGGCGGAGAAGCGGAUGAAGGAGAACGAGGAGCGCUCGCGGGCCCUGGAGGAGGAGCGGGAGUUCUACUCCAGCCAGUCCCAGGCGCUGCAGAACUCGCUGCAGGAGCUGACGGCACAGAAGCAGCAGGCCGAGCAGGAGCUCAAGGCUGAGGUGAAGGUCCGCAUGGACCUGGAGAGGCGUCUGCGGGAGGCAGAGGGGGCCUUGCGGAGCCUGGAACAAGGGCUCAACUCCAAGGUGCGGAACAAGGAGAAGGAGGAGAGGAUGCGGGCUGACGUGAGCCAUCUGAAAAGGUUCUUUGAGGAGUGCAUCCGGAACGCGGAGCUGGAGGCCAAGAUGCCGGUCAUCAUGAAGAACUCCGUGUACAUCCAGAAGGCGGCCACUCGCCGCAUCAAGAGCUGCCGCUUCCACCGGCGCCGGUCCAGCACCUCCUGGAAUGACAUGAAGCCGUCUCAGUCCUUCAUGACCUCCCAGCUGGAAGCCAACAACAUGGAGGAGCUGAAGGAGGUGGCCAAGCGGCUCAGCCGAGACCAGCGCUUCCGGGAAUCCAUCUACCAUAUCAUGGCGACCCAGCCUGGACCAGCCUCAGCGCUUCCCCGGGGCGGGAAGUGAUGGGCUCUCCUACCCUGCCUCCCAAGUCUUUCCUCAGUGUGGGCGGGGAAGCUGCGGCAGGGGGAGGCCUGACUCUUACCUGGCUCCUCUCCACUCUCUUCUGGGCCAGAGCUCCACCUUGGGGUCAGCCUCUCCCUCAAAGCACAGGGGCACCACCCCCCUCACCUCCACCCCAGACCCUACCCUUGGGUCUACACUGGGCCCAUGCAGGCCCAAGCUGGGUGCUGCCUGGUUGUCACAGUGAGGCGAGGAAGGGUCCUGGAUGUAGGUGGGGACUUUUUCU